AAGAGAUGUGGUGGUAAGUAUAUAAUACGCCAGUUUUAGAUAUCUGUGCACACUGACCCAGCAUCAACCAUGAGAGUGGUAAUAUUAUUGUCAGUGGUCGCGGCCAUAGUGGCUGAAGCACCAUACCAGCUUCCGCAGCCAGGGCCUCAGGCUCCAGUCUUUAAUUAUCCAGUACAGCAAUCACAAAGGCCGAAUAUAAUACAAAAUUCACAGCAGUCAAGCGGUGGUUAUCAUUACCAACAACCACAACCGAGGCCAAACUAUGUGCCACAACCAAGACCUCAACCUCAACCUCAACGUCUACCUCAACCUGUGUAUCCUCAACCUCAACCCAAUUACCCCCAACCCAUAGCUCCGUUACCCCAACCUCUUCCCCAACCAUCCUACGGAGUUCCCCAGCCGCAACCUACUUACCCACAACCACAGCCCAGCUAUCCACAACCACAGCCCGGCUAUCCUCAACCACAGCCCAGCUAUCCUCAACCACAGCCGAGCUAUCCUCAACCACAGCCCAGCUAUCCUCAACCACAGCCUAGCUAUCCUCAACCUCAACUUAGCUAUCCCCAGCCACAGCCCCAACCAACUUACCCUCAGCCACAACCACAACCAUCCUACAACUACCCACAACCAGCACAACCUCUCCCCCAACCUCAACAAAUCCAACCACUCCCACAACCAAUCCAACCACUCCCACAACCAAUCCAACCACUCCCACAACCAAUUCAACCACUCCCACAACCAAUCCAACCUCUCCCACAGCCCAUCCAACCGCUCCCCCAACCAAAUUUCCCUCAACCUCAACAAUCAGGAUACUCCUACCAGCAACCUGCCGCUCCUUUCAUCCAACAAUCCAGCCAAUCACUAUCCAGCUACCAAGCAGAUUCUAACCAAUACAACAACGCCCAACUUUCCCUCGGUCAGUACAACUCUCCUCAGCAGCAGCAAACCCACAGAGAUGCAUUGGAUGACCAUGUCGUCAGUCGCGUACAGAGUAUAAUUAAAGACAACGAGCACUCUUCAGCGAAGGAACGUGGAUAUUUGUCUUUGGUGUCUGGUGUGAGUCUCGAGAAUGCUCAGCCAAGUAUAGAAAUAUCUUCCUUCGUCCAGAACUCGCAGCAAGCUGUAAGCCAGAGCUCUGGUUCGCAAUCUGUGUCCACAGAUUAUGGAUUACCGAACCAAGUCGACAAUAGCAUUGCAUUCAUACCACAAAACAAACCAGCGAUUUCCUACGGAGUGCCAAAUUAGUUUAAAAUGAAAGACUUAAUAAAAGUAUUAUUUUUUUUAA